AUGGCUUCAGGAACCGCCAGAUAUCUGAGAUAUAUUCUCUUCGCCUUCUUCGGGCUUGCUGUCAUCUACUUCAUAUCCUCUUCUUCGAACCAGCGAUUACCUACAACAAUAGGUGGCUCGACAGGAUGGGGAGGCAUACCUGUGAAGGCUGGGACCACACCAGCAGCUGAUGCUCACCCUGUGGCGGGAACGACGCCAAACACCAUACCAGGCCUUCCUCCCGCAACAGCAGGCGGACCGAGAAUGAAUGCAACAUUCGUCUCGCUCGCACGAAACUCCGAUUUAUGGGAAAUUGCCCGAUCGAUCCGUCAAGUAGAGGAUCGAUUCAACCGCAAAUUCAACUACGAUUGGGUCUUCCUCAACGACAAGCCUUUCGAUGCGACCUUCAAGAAAGUCACAACAUCACUGGUAUCUGGUACCACCCAUUAUGGAGAGAUCCCCAAGGAGCACUGGUCUUUCCCAGACUUCAUCGAUCAGGACAAAGCCCGCAAGGUCCGUGAAGAUAUGGCUCAGCGCAAGAUCAUCUAUGGAGACUCUGUCAGCUACCGUCAUAUGUGCAGAUUUGAGUCUGGGUUCUUCUUCCAACAUCCGUUGAUGAAGCAAUUCGAAUGGUAUUGGCGUGUUGAGCCAAGCAUUGAGCUUUUCUGCGAUAUCAACUACGAUGCAUUCAAGUUUAUGGCCGAUAACAAGAAGAAGUACAGUUUCGUGUUGAGUCUGUACGAGUAUGUGGAGACUAUCCCCACUCUUUGGGAAAGCACCAAGAAGUUCAUGAAAGCUCACCCAGAGCAUAUCGUCGAGGGCAACUCCAUGGGAUUCUUGAGUGAUGAUGGAGGAGAUACCUAUAACCACUGCCAUAUGUGGUCCAACUUCGAAAUUGGUAACUUGGAUUGGCUCAGAUCUAAGGCCUACACCGAUUACUUUGACGCCCUUGACAAAGAUGGUGGUUUCUUCUACGAGCGCUGGGGUGAUGCCCCCGUUCACUCGAUUGCUGCUUCUCUGCUCUUGAAGAAAGAAGAAAUUCAUUUCUUCAAUGAUAUCGCGUACUAUCACGUUCCUUUCACCCAUUGCCCAACUGGCGAGAAGACCAGACUAGAUCUAAAAUGUCACUGCAACCCGAAAGAUAACUUUGACUGGAAGGGAUAUUCAUGUACAUCUCGCUACAUGGAAAUCAACGGCUUGGAGAAACCUGAGGGCUAUGAAAAUCAACAGGAUUAA